UUUGAAGCAAUUAUUAGUCCUUUGAAAAAAGAUUUACUAGAGAUGACGUGGUCAUGGUCGGGGCGGUUCUUUAACUUUUCGGGAAAUGAGAGUGAAAACAAAACCAAAGAACUGCAACUUCACAGAUGACACGUGCGCAUAGUCAUUUUCUAGCUGAAGUUGGGACAUAUUAAUCGGCAUAAAAACACAUAUAAAAUGGAAUCUGGUGCCUAUGGGGCCUCGCUGGCCGGAGGUGCCUUCGACUUUAUGAGCUUUAUUAAACAACCUCAAACCAUAGUCCGCAUCUUGAGCUGGAUCUUUUCCAUAGUGGUGUUUGCCACCAUCACUGGAGAAGGCUAUGUCAACCCUUCACACCUGCCUGACACCAAAUGCAUGUUCAACGGGAAUGACAGCGCAUGCGGCUUCGGAGUGGGUAUCGGAAUUUUGUCCUUUCUCGCCUGCGUCAUCUUCAUCAUACUGGACGCCUACUUCCCUCAGAUCAGCAACGCCAAAGAGAGGAAGAACAUUGUCACUGGCGACUUGGUCUUCUCUGGAGUGUGGACGUUGUUCUGGUUCAUCUGCUUCUGUGUCCUGGCCAAUCAGUGGUCUCACACGACCGAAGUAGCAGGCAUCCCUGUUGACGCCGCCCGAGCCGUAGUGGCCUUCUCCUUCUUCUCCAUUGUCACUUGGGCUCUAUUGACUACAUUUGCUUAUACAAGAUACCGCCAAGGAGUGAAUGACAUUGACCAGGGCUACACAGACCCAGCCAAUGACUACAGCACCCCUUACCCAUCCACCUCCGCCUAUCCCCCGUACCCCACCAGUGGGCCAGAGGGCUACCAGCAGUCCCCUUUCACCCCCCAAAACCAAGAGCAUCCAGCACCAUACCAGCCCCCGUCUUACUGAGGGACUGAACCAUUGACCAGAUUUGGGGGGGAGGAUGUUUUUGAGUUUUUAAGUUGCCAUUGGUGCCUGUAGCCUGGUCCCAGAUCUGUUUGUGCUGUCUUGCCAACUUCUAUGGCCAUUGUCAUGCCAAACACAAAAAGAUCUGGGACCAGGCUAUGGUGCCUCAGCUAUGUGGACUGAUCUCAGCACUCCACUGGUCCUCUCCUUUACCUAACUGUUUAAGUCAUAGCUGGUGUUUCGCUUACAUAAUGAAGGGUGUGUUGACAUGAUUUAAGUUGGUAUUCAUAUUGUAGUUUAGAUUGUGAAUGCAUUUUUAUACAUACAACUAGAGGGCCUGAGCUGAGCUGAGCUUCAGGUAGAAUCUAAGGAAAACUGUUACUAGGGUAAAACCUAGAAUGCCAUGGAAAAAUAUGAGAUUCAGAGUGCCAUCACCACUUGAGGUAACUGCCAUAUGUUAUUUCUGUUGUUCUCUGUACUGUUUGUCUUGUAACAUAUGUAAUGCAGUCAUGUGGACACUGAAGUUCAGAUCAAACCACUAAAACAUAUGUCGCUGGGAACAUUGGUUUGUAUUGCAAAUAAUGAGGCUAUGCUAUGGACACAAACUGUAUUUUUCUAUGCUGCCUAAUCCAGUUAUAUGGUAUAGUGCAUAUACAAAUACCUUUUGAUAAUUUCAAUGUAUUUUAACAUUAUAGCCAGCCCAGGAUAUCAGAACUUAUUGCCAUAUAUCUAGAAAUCAAAUGUAUUGCUAAAUUAUUGACAAACAAAGACUGUUUUUGUUUUUCUCUGCAAACCCAUACUUUUAUUUGUCCCAAUAAUGGGUGCACUCUCUGAAAAAUGCUACCCUUAACGAGUACUGUAUAUCAAUGCUUUUAAAACCCACCGCUGAACUCACUAAGAGCCUAUUUCCCGUGCCCAGUUUAAACCUACUCCUGGACUGAAACUCACGCUUUUAAUGGAAAAUCUCCAUUGCAAAUAGGUUUUCAUCCAGGAAUAGGUUUAUUAAUCUUGGUCUGGAAACGUUAUCUUUUUGUCAUUUGAAUGUCAUUUCUAGAACAUGCUCCCGGGUCAUGUUAACCCUUUCAUUAGAUUUUUUUUAUUGUAGUUUCAAACAAGUCUGUAAUAUAUAUGGUAAACGAGGGUGUGUGUUGUUUAGUAUCAGGAAGGCCCUCUCCUCAACUUGUUUGUCUCCUACCUUCAUCUAUUCCGAACGUGCCUUGGAAAGGUUUUAUUCAGUUCUGGAGUGUUCUUGUCCCCGACACACACCUCUUCAGACAAACUCAUUCAGAAUUCUCAUAGAUGAGUUUAGCAAAAUACCAUCCAGUAGGUAAUAUAUACAAUAUAUUGAAUUUAAUGGUAUUCCAUUGAAAGAAAACGAGUAGGCGGCCAGUACCUUGCAAUAACCUUUAGUGAACUAUUAACAGAAUAUAUUUACAAAAUAAUACAUAUGGGAGAAGUCAGCAUACUACAUUAGGACACACAACUGCAACGUGUUUUGACUACUAGUCUUCCUCAGGCAGCAUUGUGAUAUUCGAUUGAAAAUUGUUUUGUAAAUAACCUAUGCCUUUUAAUCCUCCUGGACAUGACAAUGACUUCCAUACCAGACUAAGAACCUUCAUCAAAAAACGACAUAUUGUGCAGCCAUAACCUGCCAUUUGUUCUUGGUAUAUCUUUGGUACAAGCUAAUUUAUUUACUUCCUCUCUGAUGAAGUGAUAUCACCACUUAUGCUCUCAGGUUUGAAGAUUACACUGAGAGGCUUUGCAGUCGGUUGCACAAAGUGCCUUAUAAAAGCCUACCACAUUACAACCGAACCUUUGCCAAAUAAAGACUUUUCCUGUUUGGA